AUGACCGCCGAGAGCCGGCUGCCACCGGGACCCCCGCUGCCGCUGCCGCCGCUGAAGGCGGACCCGGCGCCGCCCGGGGAGGAGGCGGCGGCGGCGGCGGGGGCGCGGGGCGGGCGGCGGCGGCGCAAGCGUCCGGCGGAGCGGGGCAAGCCGCCCUACAGCUACAUCGCGCUGAUCGCCAUGGCCAUCGGGCAGGCGCCCGAGCGACGGCUCACGCUGGGCGGCAUCUACCGCUUCAUCACCGAGCGCUUCCCCUUCUACCGCGACAGCCCGCGCAAGUGGCAGAACAGCAUCCGCCACAACCUCACCCUCAAUGAUUGCUUCGUCAAGAUCCCGCGUGAGCCCGGCCGCCCUGGGAAGGGCAACUACUGGACGCUCGACCCGCACGCCCGAGACAUGUUCGAGAGCGGCAGCUUCCUUCGCCGGAGGAAGCGCUUCAAGCGCAGCGACCUGUCCACCUACCCGGCGUUCCUCGCCGAGCGCCCCGCCGCGCCCUGCCGUCUGUUCCCACCGCCCGCCGAGCUGGCCCCGGCCCCCGCCGCCCCGUCCUGCGCCUUCGCCGCCGCCUGCCCCGCUCAGGGCUGCUCCGGUGCCGCUCUGCCCCACGGCUACGGCCCGCUGCCCGCCGCACACGGGCACUACGCGCCGCCCGGCGCGGGGCCUCUGUACGCGCCCCCGGGGCGCUUCGUGCUGCCCGCCUCUCCGCCCGCCCCCGCCGGGCUGUACGGCCGCCGCUCGCCCGCGCCCUACGCGCCGCUGCCCCAUGCCUACGGUGCGGGCGGGCAGGUGGGCGCCGCAGACCCCGGGCUCCGUCAGAGCGCCUUCCACGGCGGCCCCGACAGGUUCGUCCCCGCGCUCUGACCCGCGGCGCUGCCCGACGGCGCGCACCGGGCGGAGGCGGAGGACGCCGGGCCCGGAGCCGUGGGAGCCCGGAGAGCCCCGCCGCCGUCGGGCUGGGUGAAGGAGCCCCUGGGUGCUGCCUGCUUUGGGCGGGCAGGUGAGCAGAGCUCCCCGCUGCUCUUCCCGCUCCCUCCUGGGGCUGAUGCCUGGGACUCUCGGAAGAUGCCGCUGUGAAAAAACUCUGCUGUCCGUGACUUUGUUUGCAGAGGAAACUCCUGUCGGUCUCGGGCAGGAGGGAGGCAGGAGGAUGCCCUCUCCAGCCCCGUCGAGCGGAGCAGUGCAAGUGUGGUACGUGGUGCCGAUGGUAGCGCGUCCCUCAUUUCACACUCUUGCCGCAUCGGUGAUGCUGUGUCCCAUAUCGGCAACACAGCCAGGAUGGGAAAGGUUCGGGGAAGCAGCUGAGCCCAGUGGCAUGCUGUGUGCUGCAGGAGGUGGGGAGAACUCUGGGACUCAAAGGGCAAAGUUCUGCCAUCAGCCCCUAGAAGUAAGAGAGACCUAGGGAGGCUCUGGGGUCUCUGCCCUCAGUGAUCUUCCCGACUUGAUUGGACAAAGCCCAGGGAUUCUCAUCUGGCUUUAGAGUGGGAUCCAGCACUGAAUUUUGACCGUGGUGGUUUGGGCCAGAGAUCUGCAGGGAGGAUUCUCCCGUCCUCAAUUACUCAGACCCUAGAGUCAGCCCAGCUCUGCCCGUAGCCUAGAAAGGACAGCAUCUCCUUCAAAAGCAAGGCAGAGAUGAUGUCUUCUGAUCUUUGGUUGCACAUUUUCUGUUCCAAGCUCUCCUAAGGAUGGAAAAGUGAGAAGAAAACACAGAGAGGAGCUUUAAAAAUCUAUCCACGAGAGGCAAAGGCUUUAAAAUAGAUCCAUGGAGAAACCCAAGCAGAUCGCUCCAGACAGAUCCCACCACCUCUGGAAGGAGACUAGGAAGCCCAGAAAUGAGCAGGUCUCACUCAGGAGCUGUGAGCAGGGGGAAGCAGACGUAGCCCUGCUACUGCAAGGAUCCCAUACAGCUCCUUGUCCUAUGGAGGUGGGAGGCUGUGUGAGUGGGGCAGAAGAAGAAGGCUGGUGUGUGGGUCGUACAAAUUGGUGGAGCUCUGACUGGGGAAGGUUAAGUGGGAAGCACAGCAGGAGCCUCAGCAGGAGUGUUGGGAAUGGAGAGUGUGCACAUCAAAGUCAGCAUUGGUGCAGACUGCAGCGUGACUCAGGUGGGAGGCUGGAAGUUGGGAAGCUUCUGUUCCAGCCUCAUGCUCAAAGGAGUCAGCCAGGAGUAAGGCCAGGUUCUUGGGGCUCUCUUGCAAAGUCUAGACAAUGUCUGAGGCUGGAGACAGCAAAAUGGGCAACUUGACUGUCCUUUGGGGGGAGUUUCUUCUGUACAUACAGCGCUUCUCUAGUUUCAUUUCAUGCCUCUUGUCCUGCUGGUGCAAAGAGCUCACAUCCCCUGAGGACAGAUGAUCCUUCAGACUUUUCAGACUUUUCCCUCAGAGGAUGGCGUGUGGUGGAUAAUCCAUUUGUGGGUUAGCCCAGAGAUGCUGUCCUGGCCUGGGCAAUCUGUGAACCUGAUUGUGUCCACCUGCACCUUUAUUCCUAAGGAGCAGCAUCGCCCCUUUCCAUGUCCUUCCCAGUCUCAGAGUGCCCAGGGACUGCUGCCAUCGCAAGUGGUGCUGUGCUGCAUCUUCCCAGCUCUGCUCCCAGACAACCCUCUCUGAACAGCAGGAGGAGCCUGCGUGCCGCCUAGGGCUGCAUGCUGCAUUCAGGGAUGCUGUGUUUGGGCCUGCAGGGUGCGAGCUGGAUCCCUUCACUCACCAGGUUGUGUUUCCUGGGCUUUGUGCAAGCAGGGCAGAGCUUUGCUUCCGAGGGAGCUGCAGCUGAGCGGUGUGCCUUGGCUCUUGGUGUGCCUGUUCUGCCUGCAGGUGGUGGCUGCACAUACAUGUGCACACGUGUGAGUGUUGGCAUGUGGGUGCAGGUGUGCCUGCAUGCACUGCUGCUUGUGUCUGACAGCUUGCACUGGUGAAUGCACAGCUCACUGUGGACUGCAUGUACAUAUGGGUGCAUCUUCUGUACUUCUGUACAAAGUGCCUUCCUAGCAUCAGUGCUUUGCAUCGGUGCUGAGCAGGGACAGAAGGUUCUGGGUUCACCAGUCCUCAGCCACCUCACCCUGGCCUAACUGGAGGUACAGGGACAUUUAUGUUAAGUGUGGGUUAUUUUUUUUGUUUUAUUUUUGGUGGGAAACUGUCUCCUCAGCCUUCCUCUGGCCAGCAGCUGCCUUCAGUUGCCUUUACCGUCUGCUGCUUCUCCUCUUGCCAGGGGAUGAGGACGGCACGGGGCCACACACCACCUGGGGAGCAUCUGUGCUCAGCAAGGAGCUACAUGGCCCCUGUGUGCGACUCUGCGCAGGGGCUGCAAGGAAAUGGGGAUAUGCCACAUCUGUGGGGAAAUGGGGAUACGCCACGUUGGACCAUGGGAUGUCAAUGCGUGUUUAUCUGACUCUUCGUUUGUAAUUCUCAGAAUAAGGAAACUUUUGAUUUUUGGGAUCUCGGCUGUAAAUAUUGCAGGGCUUUCCUUGCAGCAAAGGUAGUCUAAGAUUCAGAGUAGCCUUUUAUCUUUGGGAGAUGAGUGCAGCAGGCUGUGGUGGGCACUUGCAGAAGGACAGAGCAGUGCAGCUCCUGCUCCACGUGGGGUCUGGGGCAGGCACACCUCACCUUGCCUACAGGAAAGCUGUUGAUGAGUGUAGGGGGGGGGAAUUUAAGUAUGUAUUAGAGAUAUUUUUUGUAUUUACUCUUCUACUUCACUUGUAAUAGAAAUAAAUCUUGGUCCUUUUGUUUGUAA